UCUAUACCUACACAGUAGGUGCGUUCCCAGCCAAAGCUCUGACCUUGUAUCACGUUGUGCAAUAUGCCUUCCAAAGACAACAACGUUGAAGAGAGCAGGGUCGAUCCCACACUCCGACAAUCGCUUCAUGACUCGAUCGAUGAAAAGCCUGCCGGCAUGCAUAGCGAAAUUGCCCACGAAGCAGCCGAGAGAGGCCAUGUGGCCACUGACAAGUACGGUCAUGCACUGGUAGAGUUUGACCCCAAAGCUGAAUCCAAGCUGCGCUUGAAAAUCGAUUUGUACAUUGUUCCGACCGUCGCGCUCCUUUAUCUGUUUUGCUUCAUUGAUCGAGCAAAUAUCGGCAAUGCGAAACUUGCUGGUCUAGAAAAGGAGCUUCAUCUGAAAGGCUACGACUACAACAUCGUCCUCACAGUCUUCUACGUUUCCUACAUCGUCUUCGAAAUCCCCGCCACCACAGCCUGCAAAUUCUUCGGUCCGGGCUGGUUCAUCCCCGUCACCUCGCUAGGCUUUGGAAUCUGCUCUAUCGGAACCGCUUUUGUUCACCACCGGGCUGCAGCAUGCGGUGUACGGUUUCUUCUUGGCGUCUUUGAAGCCGGCAUGCUACCAGGUAUUGCAUACUAUAUGUCCAGAUGGUACCGAAGAAGCGAACUGGCUUUCCGUCUUUCCCUCUACAUUGUCAUGGCUCCUCUUGCUGGAGCCUUCGGUGGCCUCCUGGCAUCCGCCAUUCUCAAGUUGUCUCACUUCGGAGGUCUUCACCAGUGGCGCAUGAUUUUUGCCAUUGAAGGCAUCAUCACCUGUGGCCUGUCACUCAUCUCUUUCUUUACCUUGACUGACCGCCCGGCAACAGCGAGAUGGCUCACCCAGGAGGAAAAGGACCUAGCAAUCGCCCGAGUCAAGUCGGAGCGUGUGGCCACCACCGAAGUCCUCGACAAAUUGGAUCUCCCCAAGAUGCUUCGAGGAAUCUUCAGCCCAGUAACGCUCUCAGUGUCGUUCAUUUUCCUUCUCAACAACAUUACCGUUCAAGGUCUUGCUUUCUUCCUGCCGACCAUCGUCAAGACGAUCUACCCGAAGAAUUCGGUUGUAUCUCAACAACUCCAUACUGUGCCGCCGUACGUUGUUGGUGCUUUCUUCACAGUGUUAAUCCCAUGGUUGUCAUGGCGGUACGACCGUCGAAAUAUCUUCUUCAUCAUUUCGGCACCGCUUAUCAUGGCUGGGUACAUCAUGUUUCUUGCCAGCGAAGCCGCUCACACCCGUUACGGAGCAACAUUCCUUAUUACGACUGGAGCUUUUUCGUUCGGUGCUCUUUGCAACGCACAAAGCUCGGCCAAUGUUGUUUCAGACACUGCACGAUCCGCCGCCAUCGGCACCACGGUCAUGUUUGGCAAUAUUGGCGGUCUGGUCUCAACUUGGUCAUUCCUGCCGUUCGAUGGUCCAAACUAUCACAUCGGCAAUGGGUUGAAUUUGGCAACUUCUUCCACAAUCUUGCUCUGUUCCAUUGGUCUGCUGUUUUGGAUGAAGGCGGACAACAAGAGACGAGAAAAUAAGGACGUGGAUAGUGAGUUGGAUGGUUUGUCUACCAAGCAAGUUCAAGAUCUGGAUUGGCGUCAUCCUGCUUUUAGGUGGAGGCCGUGAACGAGCAAAUUGUGCAUUGAUGAGCACUCGGAGACUGGAGUCAUUGUUGAUGGGAGGGUUUCUCGUACUGCAAGUUCAGUCUGGUGGGUUUGCAGUUGGCACCUGGUAAAUGUAACAGUCACUUUCCAUGAGAAGGCC